AAAAUGUCGGUCAGUCAGGAAACGCUGGAGAUGAUUACGGCAGCCAUCAAGAACGGAGCCAACACCCAGGGCUCGUUGGUCCGUUCCAAGUUGACCAACCGGCUGGUGUGGAAUGCCGGAGAAAACGACGAAAACGAUCCGUACGGGGAGUACCUGACGCUGAUUGGUGCUGCUGCAGGGAAGCUGCAAAAGAAGCCGGAACCGGAACAAGUGCAUGGUGGACGCGUGGUUCUUGGAGAGAGUCAAAUGCGCGGUGGAUCGUCGCUCGAGAGAUCCGGUAGGAAGAACGGAAACAAGCAUGACAAGGAGAACUGGCGCGAUCAAUGGGAGAUUCUGAAGAAGGCUGGCAAUUAUUGCAGCCUGUGCAAGAACAACAAGGAAGGAAGGGAGAUCUAUCUGUCCCACAACCUGAAGGGACCGAACGGGGAAGUUACCUGUCCGAUUCUGCGCGAAUGCGUCUGCCAGUGCUGUGGCAAGCAGGGCCAUACCAUCGCGUACUGUCCGGAUAAUCAAACGGGAACCAGCGUCCUCAAGAUGAUCAAUCGCCAGAACCGAAUCUAAAUGCGCGCGACUCAAGAAACGCAUCCCUUUUUGUGGUGCCCUGUUGGUACCACUUUCAUGUUAUUUAUUGUAUUUAUUUAUUUAUUGCAUCUUAACUUAUUGAACUUGAUUGUACAAUUUUUGCUACUAACACCAUUUACACAACAUUUGAUAGGAUUUUUACCUAAAGGAGUGUUGUUCGCUGAACUCUAAAAUUACUUUUGAUACGAUUUUUUACCUAA